AAGGCGAUUCGAAAUGAGCUUGAUGCUCUUCACCGGUUGGCCAUGGCAUUUGCGACGGGCAACCGCGCUGAUAUUCAGCCACUCUUCGAGCGCUAUCAUUUCGUUAGAUCCAUUUAUAGACACCACUCCAAUGCUGAAGAUGAGGUCUAGUUUUUGUUUUCCUUGUUCACAAUCUACCUGUCGAAAUUAAUAUAUUCGAGCCUAUUUCUCAAGUUACCGCAUAAUCAGAUUUUGUUAAGUGUUGGCAAUGUUGUGGAAACAAAAAUUUCUCGGCCUCAUGUUGACUAACUGCAUCUUUCGAUGACCAAACGGCGUUCUUUUCCUUUUGUAUAUUUUAGGUCUGAGUCUGAUUCUUGGUCACUUUAACAUGGCUCUUCUUUUGUUAUUAGCAUAAACAUAUAUACUCUCCUCUUUUUCCACCUGGAGAACAAACGGGAAUAAAUUCGUAAUUACUUUUGCCCUUAUCUUCAACCCCUUUUGCAAAUUGUGGUUUAUUUAAAGCUUAUGCUCCUUUCUGGUAGACUCUUUUCAUUAGGGGGUUUUUGGCUUUUAUCUUCCGUUACUCCUCAUCGAAAGCUAUGAAACAGAUACUUAAUAGCCAGAGCUAUAUCAAAUACAACUCGACGCAGCAAACAGGACACUUCAAACUGGAUUACAUAUUUUGUUGCAAUGACCCUAUCGUUGGAAUGCGUAUCCCGUUGUCUUCAUCAAUUAGUUUUUGGAAGAACUUAAGCUGAAAUGCAAAAAUAAUCGGUGAUUUUUCCUGCUCUUGAUAUACGUGUGAAGAAUGUGGCUCAAACAUAUUCUCUUGAACACAAGGGUGAAAGCAAUCUGUUUGAUCAUCUAUUUGAGCUGCUAAAUUCUACCAUCCAAAAUGAUGAAAGUUUUUCAAAGGAGUUAGCAUCUUGCACAGGAGCUCUGCAAACAUCAGUUAGUCAACACAUGGCUAAGGAAGAGGAGCAGGUAUUUCCGUUGCUUAUCAAGAACUUCUCAGCAGACGAGCAGGCAUCUCUAGUUUGGCAGUUUCUGUGCAGUAUACCUGUCAAUACAAUGACAGAAUUUCUUCCCUGGCUGUCAACAUCUAUAUCACCGGAUGAAUCUACUGAUCUGCAGAAGUGCUUAAGCAAGAUAGUACCAGAAGAAAAGCUUCUUCAAAAGGUUAUUUUCACUUGGAUGGAAGGUAGAGGUGGUGUUAACGCAGUUGAAAGUUGUGGACAUCAUUCUCAUGUUCAGUGUAGUCCUAGCCCAUUAACCCAUCUGAUUGGGAAAGCAAACUGUGCAUGUGAGUAUGCGACAACUGGGAAACGGAAAUAUCCUGAAUCUAUUCUGGAUGUUUCUGAUGCUGCUGGAACACAUCCUAUUGAUGAAAUAUUGCUCUGGCAUAAUGCUGUCAAAAAAGAGUUGAGUGAGAUAGCGGUGGAGACCAGAAAGAUACAGCUUUCAGGAAAUUUUACUAAUUUGUCAGCUUUUAAUGAAAGGUUGCAGUUUAUUGCUGAAGUUUGUGUAUUUCACAGUAUUGCUGAGGACAAGGUUAUAUUUCCUGCUGUAGAUGGCGAGCUUUCUUUCUUUCAGGAGCAUGCUGAAGAAGAAAGCCAGUUUAAUGACUUCCGGUGUUUGAUUGAAGGCAUUCAGAGUGAAGGAGCAACAUCCAAUUCUGAAGCUGAAUUUUAUUCCAAGUUAUGCUUAUAUGCUGAUCAUAUAAUGGAAACCAUACAGAGGCAUUUCCGCAAUGAAGAAGUUCAGGUUCUUCCACUUGCUCGGAAGCACUUUAGCUUCAAAAAGCAACGCGAACUUUUGUACCAAAGCUUGUGCAUGAUGCCUUUAAAAUUGAUUGAACGUGUCCUGCCAUGGUUGGUAGGAUCAUUAACUGAAGAUGAAGCAAAGAUGUUUUUGAAAAACAUGCAACUAGCAGCUCCUCCAACAGAUUCUGCUUUAGUCACUCUCUUCUGUGGUUGGGCUUGCAAGUCUCGGAAGGAGGGUCUGUGCUUGUCUUCAAGUGUAUCAGGCUGCUGUCCUGCUAAAAAUCUUGCUGAUAUUGAAGAAAAUUGUUCGCAGUCAUCCUGUGCUUGUUCUUGUGCAUUAUCUGCUAAUGGUUGCUCAGUAUCAGCUGAAUCAGAUGAGAACAAAAGGCCAGUCAAGCGAAACAUAUUGGAGUUCUGCAAGAAUGGAGAUGUCCCUGAAACUUCAGAAACUGAAAGUAUCCAAGAGCAAUGUUGUAAUGCUCGGUCUUGUUGUGUGCCAGGUUUAGGAGUAAGCAGUAAUAAUCUGGGGCUGAGUUCUCAUUCUACUACCAAGUCCUUGCGCUCCUUAUCUUUCAGCUCUUCUCCCCCAUCUCUGAAUUCCAGUCUUUUCAUAUGGGAAACAGAUCAUAACUCUUGUGAUGCUAGCUCUGCAGAAAGACCGAUUGAUACCAUAUUUAAAUUCCAUAAAGCUAUACGCAAAGACUUGGAGUAUUUAGAUGUUGAAUCUGGAAAGCUUAGUGAUGGUGAUGAGACAAUUCUUCGUCAAUUUGCUGGAAGAUUUCGCCUUUUAUGGGGCUUACAUAGAGCUCACAGUAAUGCUGAAGAUGACAUAGUUUUUCCAGCAUUGGAAUCCAAAGAGGCACUUCACAAUGUGAGUCAUUCAUACACACUGGAUCAUAGGCAGGAAGAAAAAUUAUUUGAGGAUGUAUCCUGUGUUCUUUCUGAGCUUUCUGUUCUCCAUGAAAAUUUGCUGACACUCAAUAUGUCAGAGCAUACAAGUAAUUCUGAAAUUUCUGAUGCCACAGUGCGUGAGAAUAUAAGAAAAUAUAAUGAGUUAGCAACUAAACUUCAAGGGAUGUGCAAAUCCAUAAGAGUGACCCUAGAUCAGCAUAUUUUCAGAGAAGAGCGUGAGCUUUGGCCAUUGUUUGGGAGACAUUUCACUGUGGAAGAACAAGACAAGAUAGUUGGCCGGAUAAUUGGAACUACUGGUGCUGAAGUACUGCAGUCAAUGUUACCAUGGGUAACUUCUGCACUGACUCAGGAUGAACAGAACAAAAUGAUGGACACAUGGAAGCAGGCUACGAAGAACACUAUGUUCAACGAAUGGCUUAAUGAAUGCUGGAAAGAGAGUCCAUCGUCCAUCCCAUUGACUGAAACAUCAGAGCAUAGCACUUCCCAAAGAGGUACUGAAUAUCAAGAAAGCUUGGACCUGAAUGAUCAGAUUUUUAAGCCAGGUUGGAAAGAUAUAUUUCGGAUGAAUCAGAGUGAGCUUGAGUUAGAGAUACGGAAGGUUUAUCGGGAUUCUACUCUUGACCCUAGGAGAAAGGCAUAUCUUGUGCAAAAUCUAAUGACCAGUCGCUGGAUUGCUUCCCAGCAGAAGUCACCCAAAGCUGUGGCUGGAGGAUCCUCAAAUGGUGAAGAAAUAGAAGGAAGGACACCAUCAUUUCGGGAUGUGGAGAAAAAAGAAUUUGGAUGUGAGCAUUAUAAGAGAAACUGCAAACUUCGAGCUGCAUGUUGUGGGAAGUUAUUUCCAUGCAGAUUUUGCCAUGACAACGUGAGCGAUCACUCAAUGGACAGAAAAGCAACAUUAGAAAUGAUGUGUAUGCGCUGCUUGAAUAUACAAGUAGUUGGGCCCAUAUGCAUGACCCCUUCAUGUAAUGGACUUUCAAUGGCAAAAUAUUAUUGCAACAUCUGCAAAUUUUUUGAUGAUGAAAGGAUUGUAUAUCAUUGCCCAUUUUGCAAUUUAUGCCGUGUUGGGAAAGGGCUUGGAAUUGAUUAUUUUCAUUGUAUGAAAUGCAAUUGUUGUCUGGGGAUUAAAACAGCAUCUCACAAAUGCUUGGAGAAAGGCUUGGAAAUGAACUGUCCAAUUUGUUGUGACUUCUUAUUCACAUCCAGUGCUACAGUCAGAGCUCUACCUUGUGGCCAUUAUAUGCAUUCAGCUUGCUUUCAGGCAUACACUUGUAGUCACUACACAUGUCCAAUCUGCAGCAAGUCUUUGGGAGAUAUGGCGUGGAAAUUGAAAUAUGUAGGAGUAAUAGCGAUACAAAACGUACUUGGUUCUCUGCAAAACCAGGUUUACUUUGGCAUGCUCGAUGCCUUGUUGGCUGCUGAGGUGCUUCCUGAAGAGUACAAGGAACGGUAUCAGGAUAUACUAUGCAAUGAUUGUGAUCGAAAGGGCUCUUCACGCUUCCACUGGUUAUAUCACAAAUGUGGUUUCUGUGGCUCAUACAAUACCCGAGUGAUCAAGUCUGAGUCAACAAAUUCCAUCUGCUCCUAGUCUGCUUCUUAGGACAGAGGGGGAUAGAGUUUGUAAAUAGCUGUAUAGGCAAUUCAAAAUUCCCCCCCAAACCAACGACCUGGUCCUUUUUUUAAUCUAAUCAUCUUAUACAUAGCGAAGUGAGUCACUUCCAAUAGAGGCCUCUUGCGAGUUUGUUUUCUCAUGAGCCGGAUGUAGAAGCGUCUUAUCUCUUUAUAUCAUUUGAUGUAUAGAAUACGAACCAACUUUCUUCCCGUUGCCCCCACCCUCCCCACUCCCUCUUUUUGGGCAAUAGAUGCUUUCGCAGCUCCUCUGCACUGAGGACUUGAGGUA